GAAAGACUCUGAGGUGGUACAUGCAGAUCGAAGUUCAUUAUCAUUAAAUAAUCGGCUUGUUUGGAUACCUGGAAAAUCAAAUACUUGUAAGCAUAACAAUACUUACAGUAAUAAUAGAAAAAUAAACAAUUCGUCUACAAGAUCGACUCAGUAUGGCGAGACCACGGAUAAUUUGAAUCAUAAUAAUGUCUUGAAAACAAACAAUACUUAUACCAUCAUUAACAUUGCAUUCAACGGAUCAUCACAAGAAAAAGUACCAAUUAAUUCAUUGGCAGAGACAAGACAAGUUAUUGUUCUUGAUCGACCACAGAAGAAAAUUGCAACCAAGAAAAAUGAUUGUUAUUUG